AUGAUGGUGUUGAAGAAAAGGAGAACACCAAGAUCUUUGAUGAUCCAGAAGCGAGCCGAGGAGGUUGACCGGAUUUCGGAGUUGCCCGAAUCCAUCAUUCAUCACAUCAUGUCCUUCUUGAGCCACAAAGAUGCUGCCAGAUUUAGUGCCUUGUGCAAGAGAUUUAGAUCAGCAUGGAAUUCCUUCCCUUUCAUCGUUUUCAACGAAACCCUAAAUUUGGGAUCAUGUGGUGAUGAUUUGUACGGUGAGGCCAAAGUAAAUAAGUUUUUGAAGUAUGUGAGUGGUUUUCUCCAACAACGCCCUCCGAAUAUUAGUUUAGAAAGAUUUAGAUUUUGUGUUGACCUGUUCGAGGGUUAUGAUAAAAAAACCCAUCACAUUGAUGGUGCCAUUGGUUAUGCAAUAGAGAAUCAUGUGAAAGAGCUGGAGCUAGAUUUUGGCGAAGGACCUGCUCACUAUCGUUUUCCAUUGACAGUGUUAUCUGCUAAAUCAAUCAGGGUUUUAAAGUUGAAAGGGUUGAAGUUAGGUUCAGGCCAUAAGGAUUUGAUGUUGAGUCACCCUUUUGUCGAAAGUUUAAGCAUUCAAUUCUGCAUAGGAUUGAAAACGCUCAGAGUUUCAUGUCAAAAUCUCAAAAUUAUGGAGAUAUAUUCAUGCAAGGGGCUGAAAAUGGUUGCAGUGGAUGAAUCAAAUCUUGAAUCUUUCUCAUUCCUUGGAGAUGUUUCAUCAACAAGAAAGUCAGAUUCAUGUAGUAUCAACAUUGCAGCGUGCAAAUCACUUAAAUGUUUAUCUCUAGAGAAUGCUCAGAUUACAGGUGAAUGGAUUAAAAGCCAUAUUCCUAAUUUUCUUCUGCUCGAGGAUCUUAAACUUGAGUGCUGCGAGCUACUGAAAGACCUGUAUGUUUCUUCUGCUAAGCUUAAGACAUUAGAGUUAAGUGAUUGUUCACAACUCAAGAAGAUUGAGGCUGUGGCUCCAAACCUUGAAUAUUUUUCCUAUAUAGGGCAGAAAGGUCUAUCUUUGAUCAAUAUAGGAGCAUGCCGGUCUCUUAAAGAUUUGACAUUAAUUGGUGCUAGGAUUGAAGAUGAGUGGAUUGUAUCUGCUGUGCAUGAAUUUCCUUUCCUCAAGAACUUUCGAUUGUUUGGCUGCAGUAGCUUGCAAAAGUUUAAUAUUUCGCACGAAGAACUUGAAACUCUGCAAAUUGUUGAUUGUGAUGCACUGAAGGAGGUUCAGAUUUAUGCACGAAGCUUGGAUACAUUUGUCUACACCGGCGGAUGUACAAAGCUACCAAAGUUUUUGAUUGAUUCAGCAUGCUUUAAAGCUGAGCUUUCACUGUGCAACGGUUCUAAGUUUUCGUCCCGUUUGUUCUUGGAGUUGAGAGAUUUUCUUGCAUGCUUUGGUCAUUGCCGGGAGCUGCAGAUUACUUGCCGAAGUACAGAUAUUUUAAUUGUUCCUGGAGAUUUGAGGGACAGCUUAGUUCCUCCAUUGUAUGACUUGAAGCAUCUGAAGUUGCACAUAAGUGAUCCGAACUUGGACGAACUCAAGGACUUAGUGGAUAGUUUGCUUUGGCUUGCUCCUCAUCCAUACACUAUUACAAUUGUUUCGGGUUACGAAGAAAAAUCCCUGAAGGUCAUAAUUAGCAAGUAA